AUGUCCAUUACGUAUAAUUUCGCCGGUAAAGUGGCCCUGAUCACUGGGUCGAGUUCGGGCAUCGGUGCGGCCACAGCCAUACUGUUUGCCAAAUCGGGAGCCAAUGUUGUGAUCACCGGUCGUAACGCCGGGCGAGUGUCAGAAGUGGCCAAACAGUGUCUCGACGUAUCGCCCGAUGGCUCGAAGGCGCUGGAAGUGGUGGCAGACGUGACCAGUGAUGAAGAUCUUCAGCGACUGGUCGACACAACUAUCACUACUUUCGGCAAAAUAGAUGUUAUGGUGAAUAACGCGGGAUCAGCUCUAAAGGCAGACAUCACUGCCACUGAUUUCAUGGAUAACUACAGACAAGUAUUUAAGACAGACUUGGAUUCCGCGCCUCAAUACUCGCCGUAUUGUAUGUCAAAGUCAGCGCUGGAUAUGUUUACCAAAUGCAUGGCCUCGGAGUUGGGACCUAAAGGCAUACGCGUUAAUAGCGUUAGUCCCGGUGCCGUUAAAACAAACUUUUCAUUGAACACUGGUGUGUCUCAGACAGACUCCGACCAGUUUUACGAUACAUACGCCCGACUCUACCCAAUCGGUCGGUACGGCGAGGGCUCAGACAUCGCUAAUGCGGUCUUGUAUUUGGCUUCAGACGACUCUUCAUUCAUAACGGGCUCGAGUCUGGUCGCAGACGGCGGACAUCUGGCCGCUAAUUGGUUAUCAGCCAUAAUACUAAUCGUAUGCCUGACCGGAGCGUUAGGGGCAUCGUUGGAGACCAAACCGGUGGUACGUUUGGCCGGCGGUCGGGUAGUGGGCGGUGAGGACGCUCAGGCGGGUCAGGCCCCGUGGCAGGUGUCCAUUCAGGUGAACGGCUGGUUCGGGUGGAGUCAUAAUUGUGGCGGUUCUCUGGCCGGCAAACGCUCGGUAGUCACCGCUGCCCACUGUGUCGACACCUACCAACCGGCUGAAUUAAAAGUAUGGUACGGGGGUCUGAACCGGGAACAACUGGCCGUAAACAACGAGAUCGAAGCAAUCAAAUACCACGAUCAGUGGAAUGUACCAAGCCAAUUCGACUACGAUUACGCCGUGCUCAAUCUGAAACAGAACAUCCAGCAAACUGAGACCAUCAAAACCAUCGAGUUGGCCACCUCUACACCCGCCGCGGGCUCCCCGGCAGACCUGACCGGUUGGGGCCGUACGGCGGGCAACAGUCAACUCCCGAUACCUUUACAGUAUCAGAGGUUGGCUAUUGUUGACUAUAAUGACUGUAACACCCGGUACGGGACCAUAAUGGAGGUGACACCUCGUAUGCUGUGCACUGAGCACAAGACCGCCAGCGUUUGUGGGGGCGAUUCAGGUGGACCUUUGGUGGUUGCUGGUCAACUGGCCGGUAUUGUAUCAUGGACAAUGAGUGAUUGUAGACCUGAUACCACUGGCCACUUGAGCGGUUACGCCGAUGUGGCCAAUCAGCGAGCGUGGUUGACAGAGCGGAUUAUAUAAAUAUAUUUAAAAGGC